AUACCCACAAGCAAUCCUUUUGAAUUCACUCCAUAGUUUCAAACCUUGGAUUUCAUGUUCUAUUACAGAUAGGAUUGUUAUUGUCUUUCUUGAUUCUAAGGAAAAUGGCUUCUUCUUCAUGUUUCUCUGCUCUAUUGUUUGUCUUGCCCAUGCUGAUACUUCUUUACAGGGGAGAUUCUCAGUUAGUAAAAUCUAGGGCAGCUUACUAUGAGAGUCAAGAUGGCUUAGGAACUUCAAGGGGUGGCUGUGGAUAUGGAGAGUUUGGGAGAGAACUCAACUAUGGAGAUGUGGCAGCAGUUGGACGGUUAUUCAGAGGCGGUGCAGGGUGUGGUGCUUGUUAUCAAGUCAAGUGCAAGAAUGAGGACUUAUGCAGUGGUAAAGGAGUGAAAGUAGUUGCUACCGAUCAUGGAGAAGGUGAUGGAACUGAUUUCAUCAUGAGUCCCCAUGCUUUCACAGCAAUGGCCAAAAAUGGCAAAGACAAGCACCUUCUAGCUUUAGGUGUCGUUGACAUUAAGUACAAACGAGUGCCAUGCCAAUAUCCCGGAUACAACAUUAUGUUCAAGAUCAAUGAAAGCAGUGAUUAUCCAUAUUAUUUGUCUUUAGUAUUUUGGUAUACAGGAGGCCAAAAAGAUAUAAUAGCAGUGGAACUUUCUCAGGACAAAAUAUUAGAUUGGAAAGCAAUGAGAAGAAGCUAUGGAGGUGUAUGGGACAUUGCACCACCACCUUGUGAAAAUAUUGUUGUUCGUUUUCUGGUCAGCGAUGACUAUGAUAGCCAAUGGGUAUCUGCUCCCAAUGUUAUACCUGCUAAUUGGAAGGCUGGCUCUUUAUAUGACUCGGGCAUUCAGAUCAAUUGAGGUUUCUAAAGAAAAACUCUAUAAGAGUAGAUAGUUGCAAAUGGUGUGUUAUUCAAAAGUUAGUUUUCUCAAGGUUCAUUUUAAGCUAGGAGUUCUGCAAAUGUAAGCUCAACUUAAAUAUGAAUGGGGUUGAUUAUUAUUAUUAGUAUUGUUGCAUACAGUUUUCUAGCUCAUUGUUAUCUACCUCACUGUUAACUAGGAGACUCUUUAUUAGUC